AUGGGAGGCAAAGAUUAUUUCGUAUGGUUUUUGGGCUCUAAAUCAAAGCAGGAAAUCUUCAUCUAUCGCACCACCAAAACUAUGAAGAUCAAUCCAUCGGAUCAAGGAAAAUCUGAAGAUGAGCUAGAUGAUGGAAACCAAGAAUAUGAUUCGGAGACAGAGGAUGGUGAAAAUAAAGACAUUCACUACAAUAGCCAAUCAUAUUCGGAAAAAGAAAUCCAUAAAACAGUUCCUACAAGUAAGUUUACAGGGAAGAAUAAUGCAGUGUUUGUUAGCUAUUUGGGUGAUCUUGUCUACGAGAAGGUAGGAUUAAGUGCUCUUUGCUGGAAAAAGUUAAACCAGAAAUGA